CACACAUAUAAAUACUCAUCAUGAGCUGCAAAUCAUAUAUAUAGCUUUCUCUCUCUUUCUAUGGCGCUAAUCAAGCUCUAACAUGAAACCCCACCUCAUAUAAUACAACCCCCUCCUUCUUGUACUCAUCAUUACACUUCACUUAUGGCUAAUUUCAAGAAAGAAAAAAAAACAGUGCAUUUCGAAUAGAUUGAGACUUGUAGCUUGAUUCUUUACUCAUUCCAACAUUUAGAAGUGUACAUUUUGUUAGGAUGAAAAAUAUGAUUCCUGCUUGUUUUAGUAUUCCUCAUUCUGAGGUUUCAAAAACUUCUUCAUCUCCUCCUUCACAAGUACCUCAAAAUCUUGUUACAUGUAUUUACCAAGCUGACAUUUGUGGCUCACCAGUUUAUCUUACACUCACUUGGUCCAGGAACAUGUUUUCUCAUUCUUUGUUAGUUCAUGCACCUGAUCUUUUCUCCAUCACCAUUCCCCUCCACCAAUCGUCUUUUGCCAUAUUCAAGGCCCGGCCCGGAUCCAAAUCCAUCCACCCGAUCCAACACGAUCAUAAAAAGAUGAAGAUCCAUUGGGACUUCACACUAGCUAAGUUUAAUCAAAACUCAGCAGAGCCUGAGGGGUGUUUUUACAUUGCAAUUACUUGCAAUGCAAGACUGGAGUUCUUUCUUGGUGACAUGUUGACGGAGUUGACGGGCCGGGCCAGGCUGGUGUCAGGCUGUUGCUCGGGUGACCUAACUUUGUUGUCACGGCGAGAACAUGUGUUUGGACGGAGGAGUUAUACUACUCGGGCUCGAAUUAUGGGGGUCAAACAUGAAUUUGUGAUAGAAUGUGGGGGUGGAGUGCUUAAAGUGAAAGUAGAUGGGAAAACAAGUCUUAUAGUGAAAAGACUUGGGUGGAAAUUCAGGGGCAAUGAAAGAAUUUUAGUUGGUAACGUGGAGGUAACCUUCUUUUGGGAUGUCUUCAAUUGGGUAAACAAAAAAUGUGACGAUGAUAAAUUUGGGCAUGGUCAUGGACAUGGUGUUUUUGUGUUCCAAGUAGGUGAUGGUGGUGUUUGGCCUGAAAUGGGUGGAGCCGAGAAGAAACUGAUGAGGAAAAGUUUGUCGGCGAUGGCUGGACCGACGUCGGCAUCACCAUCGGUAUCUUUGUUGUCAUCGCCGUCGUGCUCUAGUGUGUUGCAGUGGGCAGAGGAGAACAGUGAAUGUGGGAGGAGUUCAUGGUCAUCUAUGAGAUCAAGUGAGAUUAGUGAGGGAUUUUCUUUGUUAUUGUAUGCGUGGAGGAAGGAUUGAGAUUAAUUUGAUUUAUUUUUUUUGUUCUGUUACUCAGAUUAUAUUGUGAGUAUUAAGUUGUAAUAACAGAAACCUGUAACUUUGUUAGUCCUGAUUAUGUGAAAUAUAACCCAGUAGCCCCUGGAAAAAAGCUUUGAUUUUUGCCUGUAUA